UAAAUGAGAAAUGCGCUUCCCAGUCAAGGCUGUUGUUGACGAUGGCAGACGUACCCAAACACAAUGACAAAUCUCAUAAGGUGGUGUAAUUCAAGGAGUUUAAAUCUUAUGUAUUGGAUAAAUAUGGAGAUGCAGAUCUAUAGAAAAUUCAGAAGAUUACAAGCAACGAAAAGGCCAUCAAGGAUGCCAUUUCAAAGAUAAUCAGAGAGGUAAAGGAGAAGUUGGAUUUGUUUGAAAUUAAUGAAAUCAAGAAAAUGCCAAGUUUACAAUAACUUUCAGAAUAUGUGUGGACUGUGAGGAAAACCGAAAAUUUGAAAGACAUAACAGCUGAUUUGUUAAAGACUGUUGUAGAGUUCUAAGUGGAAAAGAUUCCCAAAUACGGUUUCAUUUUGGAACAGAUUGAUGAUCGUAUGAAUAAGUUGAAAACUGAAGUCAUUGGAAUGUUGAAAGCUUAACAAUACGAUUUACAGAUUACCACAUUGGGUAAUGUUAAAUUCACAUGGAGUGAUCAAUUUAAGGCCAACAUUUAUGCUAUCAAAGAUGAAGCCAAAAAGGAAAUAGAGGCAACAACAUCAUUUAUGGGAUGGUCAUUCGCAUGCAUCCAAUAAUAGUUGACUUCUUAAAAGAGAUGGGAAACGAAAUUGGAGAUAAGAGCUAUCGAAACCGAUUUAAAGUAAAUGUCAGGCAGUCAAUUGGGAUAAUCUCAAUUGAAGAAACAAUCAUACAGUUUUGCAGUUGGAGUGACACUCUAAAAGUUGAGAUAAUAAAAAGGAUUUGAGUAAUAAGACUUGGCAACUGUAGGUCAUGGCUUUUACUUAAUUAGAUCUGAUGGAUGGACGUGUCACAAUUCAGAUAAAAACAUAAACUGGAAAUAAGGGUUGGCAUUCACUCCAGAACCUAAGGAAGUCAUAUUAAUUAAAUUUGAUCCGACUGAUGGUGAUCUUCUGUUUGAACAAGGCAAGAACAAGUAUUAGAUGAAGGUGGAGAGAUCUUAAAAUGAAGUGUUUUUAUUUUGUGUACACUUAAAAGGAUGCAAGGCCAAGAUAUUGGAUUGA